UUUGUCUAAACUCUCGUGUGACUUUGUGAUUGUUUCUAACAGAUCCCAACUAAUGUGUCACUUUUAUUCCUAAUUUUAAUGUCUGUUUCUAUGUGAGUGUCUGUUAUACAUUAUAUAUAAUAUAUAAUUACUAAUAACACUAUCUGUACUGACCCCAUGAGCUUCCUCUCUAAUUCUCCCCCAGUAAAAUUCUCCCCCAGCAAAUUAUAUUAAUGACUUAUUUGUACCGGAUCUCCACUAAUUAGCGCUCACUGGAGCGGCCUCGGCUGAAAGAAACUCCAUUAGUCUCAAUAGGACCAUCUGCAAAAAAAUAAAAUAUAUUAGGCCGCAUUAAAUCUCAUACGAUUGCGCUACUGUAUAACGAGUCGCUGCGAUCAGUUUGUCAGCUCUUGUCUCCUGCGAUUGUGCAGAAUCCCAAUAAAACUGCGCACACUUUGCACUUGUAUCUCUCGCUCUUACCCGCUGGGAUAAUCAUUGUCAUUUAUUAUCAUUAUUUAUUAUAAUUAUUUAUCAUUUAUUAUAAUUUUUGUUCAUUUAUUAUUAUAACUCAUCACUUCGCUUUUGGGUUUCUCUUCUGGAGUCUAAGAACCCCUUUUAAAUUGUGCGACUGUGUUUUUAAUAUGUCACUUUUUGCGAAAUAUAUAAAACUGACAGUUAGAGGUGAAUAUGUCUGAGUCCAGACUCUCCCCAAAUUUACACUGAUCCCUUAUGAGCUCCGCGUCUCCCCGAGGGAUUCUCCUCUUGUCCCUCAGCAAAUCUGCGAUUUAUUCGUUUGUUACAGAAAAAGCGCAAUUUCCACUUUCACUUGCGACACUGGGAAUAAAUGAAAGAUCUCCAUUUGUGCAAUAAGUGUGUGAAUAGAAUGUGUUUAGCGAGAGAGAGAAGGGAACAGGGGGAUAUUUAGUGACUUAUUAUUGUUCCUAUAUUUGUAUCGACUCCCGUGUGAAUUAAUGAAUUAAACAGAAAGGGUUUCAUUUGUCUCCUGUUGUUGUUGCGGCAGAUCCCGGCGGAGUCUCCAGUUCGGGAAAAGAAGGAGAAAAGUCCAUUGUGUCUCCAGCCGGGGGGAUUAGGAAGGAUUUACCUUUGUGGAUAAUUUGGGGGGUUUCUGUCCAGCCUCGAUCAUGAUGUCAUACCUCAAACAGCCCCCCUAUAGUAUCAAUGGAUUGGGGCUCACGAGACCUGCUAUGGACUUGCUGCACCCGCCGGUGGGAUACCCAGGUGAGCCCCCAAAUAUCAGCACAGAACAUGGAACUGACCUCACUGACCCCGCGGAAGCAGCGCAGAGAGCGCACCACGUUCACCCGUUCGCAGCUGGAUGUGCUGGAGACUCUGUUCGCCAAGACCCGUUACCCGGACAUUUUCAUGCGGGAAGAAGUGGCCCUAAAGAUCAACCUGCCGGAGUCCCGAGUACAGGUUUGGUUUAAGAACAGACGAGCCAAGUGUCGGCAGCAGCAGCAGAGCAGUAACAACAGUAACAGCGGGUCCGGGGGGAAGAGCCGAGUGGGUAAGAAGAAGUGCAGUCCCACCAGGGAGAGUUCCGGCUCAGAGAGCAGCGGGCAGUUCACUCCCCCCACGGUGUCCGGCUCUUCAUCCUCUUCUUCCAGUUCCAACUCAUCAGGGAAUCCCAGUCAGACGUCAGCCUCGCUGAAUAUCACAAGCUCCGCCAUCUGGAGCCCCACCUCCAUCUCUCCUGGCACCGCCCCUGGCUCUGGGCCUGACCCCCUGGGAGCAGGAAGUGGCUCGUGCAUGCAACGCUCAGGCUCCUCCUCUGCAGCCUCUAAUUACCCUGUGUCCUACAGUCAGGCCGCCGGCUACACCCAGGGAUACCCCGCCCCUUCUUCCUCCUACUUCACUGGAGUGGAUUGUAGCUCUUACCUGACCCCUAUUCACUCCCACCCUCACCAGCUCAGCCCCAUCACCCCUUCCUCCAUGUCUGGUCCCCACAAUCAUCAUCAUCAUCACCUGAGCCAGACCUCCAACCUUCAUCAUCAUCACCAGUCCUACACCAGCUCCGCCUUUAACUCCUCCUCCUCUGACCGUCUGGACUAUAAGGACCAAUCCACUCCCUCCUCCUGGAAACUCAACUUUAAUUCCACCGACUGCCUCGACUACAAAGAUCAGGCCUCAUGGAGGUUCCAGGUCUUGUGAUUCGAAAUUCAACCAGAGACCAUUUCUGCCUGUGAUUCUCAUAAAUAUCUAUAAAUAUAUCAAUAAAGUCUACAGCUGGAGUGAAGGACUUCAGUGAACCAUUAUAUAUAUAUUAUGGGCUGGACUUAUAUACACAAUAUAUCAAUCAACUGAGUCUAUACAAAGAAACGUCCCAAACACUUGUCUUCUCCUCCAUAUUUGUGCUUUUUAUUUAUUCACAAUCUGGACCUUGGGAUUUGGACAAAGUCUGCCUUUAAUUUGCUCUAACUAUAGCCCUGGGCUCUGCCCGCUGGUGGAAUCUAAUUUUUUAACCCCAAGUCUCUUUCCAUUGUUUAAAUGUGCUAUGGGCAUCUUUGUUGUGCCCCAGCCUGCUCAGUGUAUGGAGACCUCUGUGUAUGGAGACCUCUGUGUAUGGAGACCUCUGUGUAUGGAGACCUUUGUUUAUAGAGCCCUCUGUGUAUGGAGCCCUCUGUGUAUAGAGACCUCUGUGUAUGGAGACCUCUGUGUAUGGAGACCUCUGUGUAUGGAGACCUCUGUGUAUGGAGACCUCUGUGUAUAGAGCCCUCUGUUUAUAGAGCCCUGUGUGUAUGGAGACCUCUGUGUAUGGAGCCCUCUGUGUAUGGAGACCUCUGUGUAUUGAGCCCUCUGUGUUUGGAGACCUCUGUGUAUGGAGCCCUCUGUGUUUGGAGACCUCUGUGUAUGGAGCCCUCUGUGUAUGGAGCCCUCUGUGUAUGGAGACCUCUGUGUUCGGAGACCUCUGUGUAUGGAGCCCUCUGUGUAUAGAGACCUCUGUGUAUGGAGCCCUCUGUGUAUAGAGACCUCUGUGUAUGGAGACCUCUGUGUUCGGAGACCUCUGUGUAUAGAGACCUCUGUGUAUGGAGCCCUCUGUGUAUAGAGACCUCUGUGUAUGGAGACCUCUGUGUAUGGAGACCUCUGUGUUUGGAGACCUCUGUGUAUGGAGCCCUCUGUGUAUGGAGACCUCUGUGUAUGGAGACCUCUGUGUAUGGAGACCUCUGUGUAUAGAGCCCUCUGUUUAUAGAGCCCUGUGUGUAUGGAGACCUCUGUGUAUGGAGCCCUCUGUGUAUGGAGACCUCUGUGUAUUGAGCCCUCUGUGUUUGGAGACCUCUGUGUAUGGAGCCCUCUGUGUAUGGAGACCUCUGUGUAUGGAGCCCUCUGUGUAUGGAGCCCUCUGUGUAUGGAGCCCUCUGUGUUCGGAGACCUCUGUGUAUGGAGCCCUCUGUGUAUGGAGCCCUCUGUGUAUGGAGCCCUCUGUGUAUGGAGCCCUCUGUGUAUGGAGACCUCUGGGUUUAAGGACCUCUGUGUAUAGAGACACCUGUGUAUGGAGCCCUCUGUGUAUAGAGACCUCUGUGUAUAGAGCCCAGUAUAUAUAUAUAUAAUGUAGGACUGAUUUAGCUUUUCGCUGCCCAGAGCAGCUGGAAUAUGUACAUAUUAUUUAGGUCCGUUUCUAGGACCCUUUAUUUUUAGUUUAUAUUAUUGGUUUAAUUUCCCGACCAUAAAUAAACCCCUUUACUGGAGACCAAACCUCUUGCAUAAUUACAUGUUGUUAUGACGUAAUCCCCCCUCUAUUUAUUAAGUACAAAGUCUGGGAGAAAGGAAAGAAAAAAGAUUGACGUUUGAAGCUCGCACUGUUUUAUUGCAGUUGUAGAGGCCACACGUGUCUGUCACUGGGAAGUCGCACGAUUGUUUGUUUUAAAGGGACACUGCUCACUAUAUGGAACGUCACUUUUCUUUCAUUGCCAAUUAGCGGCCCCACUAGCGCUGCUUUUUCUUACAUUCUGUCCAGGCAGCACUUUUGUAUUUGUCUCACUGAGAAAUUUGGCUCUUUGUCCCUGUAAAGGUGAGAAAAAAAAAAUUUCUGUUUGUAAAUUUGACGAUCCACAAGUCAUUUCUACAUACCCCCCCCUUUCAAAUAAAAAUCAAACGAAUGGA